UAGCCGGGUGGGUUUGUGAUUGGUUUCCGCGUUGUGCUUUCCUUUCUCUUGAGCUCGGCCAAAGGGCAUGCGGUUCACCUGUCGAGCCUGCUAGUGACUGAUCUCUUCUCGCCUGUGAAAGCAUAUUUUCCUGGUGCAAAAUCGGAGUUGAAGUUGAAAGGAUACUGUAUUUCAUACCUUUGGUGUUUUGCCCUUAGCCAAUUUUUUCUUCAAAGCAGAAUACAGUAGCCUUUAUUCAUCAUCAUCACUAUGUGUGGCAUAUGGGCCCUUUUUGGAAGUGAUGGAUGCCUCUCUGCCCAGUGUCUCUCUGCUAUGAAAAUAGGCCACAGAGGUCCAGAUGCUUUCCGGUUUGAAAAUGUCAAUGGCUUUACCAACUGCUGCUUUGGCUUCCAUCGUCUAGCAAUUGUUGAUCAGCUAUAUGGAAUGCAGCCUUUAAGGGUGAAAAAAUUUCCCUAUUUGUGGCUGUGUUACAAUGGAGAGAUCUACAACUUCAAACAGCUACAGAAACAGUUUGGAUUUGAAUACCAGACCUUAGUAGAUGGAGAGGUCAUUCUUCAUCUUUAUAACAAAGGAGGAAUAGAAGAAACUGCCUCUAUGCUCGAUGGUGUAUUUGCAUUCGUUUUGCUUGACAGUGCAAAUAGAAAGGUGUUUCUGGGGAGAGAUACAUAUGGAGUUAGACCAUUGUUUAGGGCCCUAACUGAUGAUGGCUUCUUGGGUGUUUGCUCUGAAGCAAAAGGUCUGAUCGACUUGAAACACAAUAUGUCCAGUCCUCUCAAAGUGGAGCCUUUUCUUCCUGGACAUUAUGAAGUCUUGGACUUAAAGCUAAGUGGGAAAGUUGCAUCAGUGGAAGUGGUCAAAUUUCACAGCCCUAAAGAGGAACCUUUGCAUGCUGCCUACAGUACAGUACAAAAUUUGCCGUCAGGUUUUGAUGUUGAAACUGUGAAAAGCAACAUUCGACUUUUGUUUGAAAAUGCUGUUAGAAAACGUUUGAUGUCCCAUAGAAGAAUUGGUUGUCUCUUAUCAGGUGGCUUGGAUUCUAGCUUGGUGGCAGCCAUACUUAUCAAACUUAUGAAAGAACAAAAAAUUUCCUAUCCCUUGCAAACAUUUUCUAUUGGGAUGGAAGAUAGCCCUGAUGUGCUGGCUGCGAGAAAGGUAGCAGCUCACAUUGGAAGUGAGCAUCAUGAGGUUAUGUUUAGUUCUCAAGAAGGGAUUCAGUCACUAGAAGAAGUAAUACUUUCCUUGGAAACAUAUGACAUCACAACAAUACGAGCAUCAGUGGCCAUGUAUCUGGUCUCCAAAUACAUCCGAAAGAAAACAGAUAGUGUGGUCAUUUUCUCAGGAGAAGGAUCAGAUGAGUUGACUCAAGGAUAUAUCUAUUUUCAUAAGGCACCAACAGCUGAAGAAGCUGCUGAGGAAAGUGAGAGGCUUCUCAGAGAGCUCUACCUGUUUGAUGUUCUCCGUGCUGACAGAACAACUGCUGCCUAUGGUCUUGAAUUAAGAGUUCCAUUUUUGGAUCACCAGUUUACUGCUUACUACCUUUCUUUGCCAGCAGAACUCAGAAUUCCAAAGAAUGGAAUUGAAAAGCACCUCUUAAGGGAAGCCUUUGAAGAUUCUAACUUAUUGCCUAAAGAAAUACUUUGGAGGCCCAAGGAAGCUUUCAGUGAUGGCUUAGCUUCUAUCAAAAAAUCUUGGUUCUCUAUGCUACAAGACUAUAUUGACCUUCAGGUGGAUGAUCUUUUGUUGGAGAAAGCUGAAGAGAAAUUUCCAUUCAAUCCUCCCAAAACAAAGGAAGGAUAUUUCUAUCGUCAGAUCUUUGAGAAGCACUACCCAGGACAUUCUACUUGGCUCCCGUACUAUUGGAUGCCGAGGUGGAUUAAGGCUACUGAUCCAUCUGCUCGCACAUUGAAGCAUUACAAAUCAGCUAUAACUGAAUAGCUUUAAUAUAUAUAUAUAUAUAUAUAUGGAGGAAUAAUUUCUCCAAAGAGCUUGUUAAAAUAGAUGAAUCUUGUUGACCUAAAGGAACUUAAAAAGCAAUGUAUUGGGUUUUUUUCUUCAAAAAAAUUAGUUUAUUAGUUUAUUUAGAUAAAAUAGAAUGUUGUUGAUGAUUCCAGCCAUGCUGAUAAAAAGAAUGCCUCUUAGCCUUAAACGGCACUAUGCAACAACUGAUAUACUCUAAAAACAAGCUUCAAUGAUAAAAUGAAAGCUUGGAAUGUAAGUCUUUAUUCAGGUAGUUUAAUUCACACUGAUGUCAAAUGAUACAUGAGCAACUUGAGCAUACAGAGAAUUAAUAGUGGUUUAAGUGCACUUUUUCUGCAAUUAAUGUAUGUUUGUAGUCUUAUAAAUAAAAUAAAAGCUAAUCUGAGUUCAA